AUGCGACCAGUCCACGCCCACCACCGUCCAUCUUCGAAUCCAGUGCUCAAGUACCAGCGGUUCUCCAAGUAUCAACGACUUCUACGGACGGUAGGGUAUGUACUGCGCUUCAUUGAUCGUUGUCGUCGAAAGCCUGCAACCGAUUCUUCCGAUACUGGAGUCCUGUCGAGAGAGGAGCUGUUGAAGGCGGAACUCGUGCUGUGGCGGUUGGUGCAGAACGAAGAAUAUGCCGAAGAAGUGUCGACGAUUCGCAAGAACAAGGAACGACCGCCAGGAGAAGUUAAAAGGUUGACGAAAAGUAGCCCGUUACGCAAGCUGACGGUUUUUCUCGACGAUAACGGAGUUCUGCGUAUCGAAGGGCGGAUUGAGGCAGCAAAAUUUGUUCCAUACGAACCCAAGUAUCCCGUGGUGCUCCCAAAACAACACUACGUUACUCGACUGCUCGUCGAUCACUUCCACCGACGGUACGCACAUGGUUACGGAGAAACGGUGAUCAACGAGCUUCGACAGAUCUUCCAUAUUCCUGGUUUGAGAACUCUUGUCCGACAGAUUGCCAAUCGUUGCUCAUGGUGUACCGUGUAUCGUGCAGCUCCCCGGUCCCCGCGAAUGGCACCUCUUGCAGCUGCGAGAGUGACCCCGUACGUCCGGCCAUUCACAUUUAUUGGCAUCGACUACUGUGGGCCUUUCCUGAUUCGCAUCGGUAGAAACAACGUGAAGAGAUGGGUGGUACUCAUCACUUGCCUAACUGUACGAGCCGUUCAUCUAGAGAUUGCCUGCAGCUUGUCCAGUGAGUCAUGCAAGAUGGCUAUUAGACGGUUUAUCGCCAGGAGAGGAGCUCCGCAGGAGAUCUACAGUGACCAGGGCACAAAUUUUGUUGGAGCAAGCAAAGAGUUACGGGAGGAAAUAGCUGCGAUGAACCAUACGUUGGGCAGAACCUUCACCAACCGUGACACUCAGUGGCGUUUCAACCCCCCGGCCGCCCCCCACAUGGGUGGAGCGUGGGAACGCAUGGUGCGAACCGUGAAAGUUUCGCUGCAGACGCUCCAGACCAGUAGGACACCAGAUGAGGAGACGUUCCACACCCUUCUGACUGAAGUGGAAGGUAUAAUCAACUCGCGACCGCUGACAUUUGUUCCGUUAGGAUCAGAGGAAGAAGAAGCUCUUACGCCUAACCACUUCCUGAUGCUUAGUUCUAACGGUGUAGUUCAGCCACCACAGGAACCGGUGACGGAUAGCGGACGAGCACUCAGGGCUAACUGGGAUCAGAUACGAAGUAUGUUGGACCAGUUCUGGACGAAAUGGAUAAAGGGCUACCUGCCCACGAUCUGUCGCCGCUCCAAGUGGUUCGACGAUAUCAAGCCAGUACAAGUAGGAGAUUUAGUGGUGGUGAUUGACGAAGGAACCCGGAACAGCUGGACUCGCGGAAAGGUGGUUAAGGUCUAUCCUGGAAACGAUGGCAGAAUACGAAAAGUGGACGUGCAGACUGCGAAUGGAGUGUUCCAGCGACCGGUUACCAAGGUAGCUGUGCUUGAUGUGGCUGUAGGUGGUAUAGCUGAGCCUGAGGCAGGACAGCAGCAAUACGGGUCGGGGAAUGUGCGCGAGGAAGCCCACCGUGCACACUACCACCAACCUGGUCGAUAA